UAUAUUUUUAAAUACAAUUAAUUAUCAAGUUAAAAUUUAGUAAUAUUGGGUAAAACAGCAAAUAAAAACAUAUUUAGAAACAUCAUUAAUGUAAUAUAAGUAAAAAAAUGAAUUUUAAACGAGCACGUACGUAUCGCUAGUGAUAGCGGCAUAUAUAAACACGCUAGUGUUCUAGGGUUAAGCCAAAACAUUGAAACGGAACACUCUGUAUUUGUGAAAGCAAUAAAUUUCCAGGCGCACGUUCAAGAGAGAUUUUUGCCUCUAUUUGUUUACAUAAAGAGUCAUCUGGAGUGUGAUUAAUGGCUGUUUGGGUGACGCUAUGCAUGAGGGUGAACUUUGCACCAAAGCAUCUUCUUCAAGGUCGCUGUGGUCAGCGGAAUCUGAUUUUAAUAAGGAUACAUCAGUUAGAUUCCUAAGAAUAUUAUUAGCACAAUUUUCAAUAUCGGUGGAAAAUUUUAAAUGCAGUACGUUACAUAUGGCAAUUAAAUCUGUGAGAGAAAAUUCUUUUAUAAUUUUUUGUUUCGUUUCUUCAAAGUUAAAUGGUUUGGGAAAACCAGAAAAAUUGAAUAACCUAGCACGAUUCUGCCGAUCACCAUCUGAGCCAAAAACUAAAUGAUGUAAAAGCUUGAUAUGCUUUGUACUGGGAGUGUUUAAUGACUGUACAAUGUUGGGAUAGUCGUUAAGUGUAGCCAUUAUUUAUCAGUUUUGUUCUUACCAAAUAUGAAAUUCAUAAAAUAUGUAUGUUUCGAUUUCAUCAAAUGUUAUUCAUCUGGUUUCAGAAAUUAGUAUACCAAAAUAUACUCUUAAUUUUUCAUAUUCUUCACAAUAAUAUUAAUUCUUCUUAGUAUAUUACACAAUAACUAUGAUGUUAAAACACUCAAAAAUCAUAAAUGAAGUUGUGAACAUAUGAUUCAAACAAAUGGUAAAAUAUAUCAUCAAACAAAUCUUCAUAUAAGACUAUGUUAAGAAUGGAAAAUAGAAUUUCACGUUAAGAUAUGAUAUAAAAAUUAUAAACUUAAAAUAGUAUUCUACAGUCCUUGUAAAAUAUAGGCAUCACAAGAAAUAAGAAAUUUAUGCACCAAAUUCGAAAACGAAAGUAAUUCUUCAAAGUAACUUUAAUAUAUCACAAUUCUGUAAAUAGUCAGUAAUGUAUUUCCAUCAAAAUCAAAUACCUUUAGUUUAUUCAAUUAAACUUCAUCAAAACUGUUUAAUUAAUUAUCAUCAGCAUCAAAUUCGAAAACGGAAGUGUUAAUUCUUCAAAGUAAAAAUCAUUCAAAAAUAAAUGAAUUUUCAUCAAAAUUAAAUGCCUUUCGCUUCUUCAAAUAAAUUUCAUAAAAAGGCGUCUUCAAAUAUUCAUAAUUUGAAAGAAUAUUACUUCCUGAUUAGCAUUACUUCAUCAAAUAAAAUUAGCUGUACUUAACGUGCUGACGAAUCACAACAACGGGAAUCUUGUGAUAUUAUUCCAUUUCCAAAGUAUUCCAUCAUGUAUAAUUAUACUUGUUAUCUGAUAUGGUAGUCUAGGGGGUUUAAAAAGUUGAAGAGAAGAACAGAUUUUAGUUCAAGGAGUCGAGAGAGUUCGUGGGGCCGAGCCCCCAUGUAGGAUGAGGUUAGGAUUAAAAUAGAGGAAGGCAGUAGCAUUUUAAGGGUAUUUAAUGAUGAAAGAAUAAACAUGAUUAUGGUAUUUACAGUGUGAAAGGAAGUAAGAUAAAAAGUUCAUCAUGAAACAGAAUCACAUCAUCAAUCAAUGUUUUCGAGCGGCAUAGUUCAGCUCCAUCCAACGCCAUGUUAUAUCAUCAUCGGAAUGCAAGUCUGUCCAUUUCCUCACGCAGCUUGAAGAAGUAUCUCACUGCUGUCGCUGUUGCCAGAUUUAGGACGGAGGAAGGUUGAGUUGUAGGAGCGCAUUACCACAUAUAUUAUCAAAUAUACAUUUUAAGAGAGUAGUGAAACAUCUUUUCCAUGCCAAAGAUAUUAAAAUAUUCAGUAUUGGGCUUCAAUAAAUACAGGAGGCUAUCUGUUAUUGACUUACAAACAUUGAAAGAAGAAGCUGAGUGGUUUGGUUUAACUCUUCGUCAGGCAAUCCAGAAACAAAGGUUAAUUGAAGAAGAUAUUAAGCCUAUUCCUUUAAAGCAUGAGCUUCGUCUGAAAUUUAUUGAACAACUUAAAAGGUUGCUACACUACCUGGAAGACUGGAAAAAGUCAGAGAAUUUGAAAAUUGACCAGAAAAGUCAGGGAAUUUCAUACAGUGAUCCCCCAAAAUCAAAGAGCGAGUCUGGUUAUCAAAAAGAAGAAGCGGGACAAACUGAAGAGUCUGUGGAAGAAAAGUAA